UCCACACAAGGAAGCAGAUAGUUGAAUAAAGGUGAUGGAUUCAAUCCUGGAGUUCGAGCUGAAAUCGUACGACACGACGCAUCCAAACCGUGGCAUUGCAGUGGUCAUAAAUGAUAGUGAAAGGCGAGAAGGUUCGGAAAAAGACGUACAAGAUGUGGUGGCUACGCUGGAGGGUUUGAAAUUUAACGUGAGUACCUUCCAGGAUAACACAAAGAAAGAGAUCAAAAAAGCUCUAUACAAAGUGGCCCGCGAGGAUCACAACGAAAACGACUGUCUGGUAAUUGUGGCGAUGGCCCACGGAAAGAAAGAUCAUAUCACGCUGAAAAAAGAAAAGCUGCGAAUCGACAAACUGUGGGCUAGUUUUGUGGGAAACAAGUGUCCUUCAUUGAUUGGGAAACCGAAGCUUGUGUUCAUUCAAACGUGUCGCGGUGAUAAAGUAGACUUUGGAGUAGCUUCGCACGAGACAGAUUCGACACCCUGUUCAGUGGAUCCUGCACCUGGUAUUAUACCAAUGUAUGCGGAUCUGUUGGUGAUGUACUCAUCCUACGACCGUCACAUAUCGGUUCGCUGCAAGGACAAAGGAUCCUGGUUCAUACAAUCGCUUUGCAUAGUGUUGCGCGCCAACAUUGCCGGAAAGGAGCUUAUCAGCUUGCUAACCCAAGUGUCCUACAUCGUGUCGUGCCAAACAUCCAUCACGUCCGACGGGGAAACGGUUAAACAAAUACCGUCUAUUAACUCAAUGCUCACGAAAGCCUUCUACUUUGUGCCAAAACAAACUCAAAAACUGUUCGUCGCCGUUCACAAUCGGUGUUCACACACGGUAGCAGGUAGUUGCUUGGAAGUGAUGGAUUCAAUGCUCGAACUCGAGCUGCAGUCGUACAAAACGAAUCAUCCCAACCGUGGCAUAGCAGUGGUCAUAAAUGAUAGUGAAAAUCGAGAUGGUUGGGAAAAGGACCUCGAAGCGGUAGAGACUGUGCUGCAAAGGCUGAAGUGUGAUGUGCGUACGUUCUGCGAUAAAACAAAGCACGAGAUCAGAGAUGCGCUGCGCAAUGUGAGCAAAGAGGAUCACACCAAAAGCGACUGUCUAGUAAUUGUGGCGAUGGCACACGGAAAUAAUGAUAAGAUCACGUUGCGAAGAGGUGAAAUGCAUAUUGACGAACUGUGGACUGAUUUUGUAGGGAACGGCUGUCCCUCGCUGAUCGGGAAACCGAAGCUUGUGUUCAUUCAAUCCUGUCGCGGUAAUAAGCAUGACUAUCUAGUUGGCGGGGCUGCGGUAGAUGCGGUACCGUCUCCAGAGAAACCAAUUUGCGUCGAAAUACCAAUGUAUGCGGAUCUUUUGGUGAUGUACUCAUCCUACGAUCAAUACGUUUCGUACCGUGACAAGGAGGAAGGGUCCUGGUUCAUACAGUCACUUUGCCAAGUGUUGGGUGCCAACAUUGCCGGGAAGGAUCUUCUCACCUUGCUGACUCACGUGUCCUAUCUUGUAUCGGUUCGAUCUUUUCUGAUGGAAAGUGAAGUGAAUAUGGUAAAAUGUACCGGUGUGCUGAAACAAAUACCGUCAAUUAAUUCAAUGCUAACGAAAGCAUUCUACUUUGUGGACAAAUAGUGUAGCAGAAUAG